AUGCUGCUGCGCUCGGGGGUGUUCGCCUCCUCCUGCCUCCUCGUGCAGGCCUUGGGCGUCGCGCUGUUCCUCCGCGGCUUCUUCCCGGUGCCCGUCAGGUCCGUGCCCCGCAGAGAGGCCCGCGCGGACCCUCCCGCCGAGCCGGCCCCGCCCGGCGCCGGAAUGGUUUCUAACUGGACCAAGAUUCCUCCACCACUUUUCAAAAAGGUUGUCAUUGUGCUGAUAGAUGCUUUGAGAGAUGACUUUGUGUUUGGAUCCAAAGGUAAACAGUUCAUGCCAUAUACUACUCAAGUUGUUGAAAAAGGGACUUCCUACAGUUUCAUUGCUGAAGCCAAGCCACCCACUGUGACUAUGCCUCGAAUUAAGGCUUUGAUGACUGGUAGCAUACCUGGUUUCAUUGAUGUUGUUGUGAACCUCAAUUCUCCAGCUCUAUUGGAUGACAAUCUGAUAUGGCAGGCAAAAACAGCUGGGAAAAGAAUAAUAUUUUAUGGUGAUGAUACUUGGGUCAAAUUGUUCCCAAAGCACUUUGUGGAAUAUGAUGGAACAACAUCGUUUUUUGUGUCAGAUUUUACAGAGGUUGAUGAUAAUGUUACCAGACAUUUGGAUCGAGUGUUAAAGAGAGAAGACUGGGAUCUCCUAAUACUGCAUUACCUGGGCUUGGACCAUAUUGGUCAUAUGACUGGGCCAAACAGCCCAUUAGUGGGACCAAAACUUCGUGAAAUGGAUAACAUACUGAAAAAGAUCCAUAUUUCUCUUCUUUCAAAGGUAGACGAAGCUUCUCUGCCCAAUUUGUUAGUUGUUUGUGGGGAUCAUGGGAUGUCUGAAACAGGCAGUCAUGGUGGUUCUUCAGAAGGAGAAGUCCACACACCACUGCUGUUUAUCAGCUCUGCUUUUGAGAAGAGGAGUGCUCCUGUAGCUGAACCUGAACAUGUACAGCAAACAGAUUUAGCUAGCACACUGGCAAUAGGUCUUGGCCUACCAAUUUCAAGAAAUAGUGUUGGUAACCUUAUAUUGCCAGUUCUUGGAGGCAAGACAAUGAGAGAACAGCUACGUUUUGUGCACUUGAAUGGGUUCCAGCUUAGCAGAUUGCUGCAAGAGAAUACACCUGCAUAUGAAAAAGAUCCUGGAUAUGAACAUUUUAAGAUAGCAGAAAAAUCCCAUAGUAAUUGGAUCAAACUGUAUUUAGAGGGGAAUAAUUCAGAAAUACUCUUAAAUCUUGGCAAGAAGGUCCUGAAGCAAUACUUGGAGGCCCUCAAGACUUUGAGCUCUUCAUUAAGCAAACAAGUGGCACAAUAUGACAUGUAUUCAAUGAUGGUGGGGACUGUGAUCAUUAUGGAGGUUCUGCUACUGCUUUUGCUUAGUGUUCCAAAAGCCCUGAGCAAGCGGGCAGAAUUUGAAGUACCCCUUUCCCCUCCGCUGUUCUCUCUGCUGUUUUACUUGAUGUGUCUGAUGCUGUGUGCUGUUCAUGUCAUUGUAUGCACAUCAGCAGAAAGUUUGUGCUAUUUCUGCAGUAUGUCCUGGUUAACAGCAGUUGGAGUGAUGAUGCUGAUUUCUGCACUCACAUGUGGCAUUUUAUCUGCUAUUGCGAAGAUCGUUGAGAAUUCCAGACUUCCACCAAAGAGUCCUGUUGUGUCCAAAUCUAGCUGGUCAGAAAUAGAUCUGCUGAUUCUGGCUGGAACUGUUGGCCAUGUUUUGAGUUUGGGGGCAAGCAGUUUUAUAGAAGAGGAACAUCAAACCUGGUAUUUUCUUAUCAAUACACUUUGUUUGGUGCUGUGUCAGGAACUUUGUAGAAAUAAUUUUCUUCUGAAAGAAUGUGACCCUCAACAUAGCACCAGUAUGAAACAAAAUUUUGAUAGUGUUGGGGAAACCUCUGAGUGCAAGAAUAUAGACAUUCCAGCAGGAAGUAAUUCAAAACUGGGCAAGGCCACCUCUUCAUCAGAGUUGAUGAAAGGAUCAGAUAAGUGGAUAAGCUUAGCAACUCCAUGGAUCAUCCUUUCGUGCUGUCGGCUGCUUCGAUCCUUGAAUCAGACAGGUGUCCAGUGGGCUCAUAGGCCAGACUUUGGACACUGGUUGACAAGCUCUGAACAUAAAUCUGAACUCUCCUUCUUGGCUGCAGUCUCUCUUCUUAUGAUCUUCUUUCUGGUUCAAAGAAGAUGCUCCCUGGUUUCAAAAAUUGCUAUGGCACUUGGGCUCCUGGGAGUCUACAGUUACCGGGCAGCUAUUGGAAAUGUCAUAUUUCCAUGGCAACAUGGUGGCAAAGAUAUUUCUAAGGGGAUUACUGAAGCUCGUUUUGUUUAUGUCUUUGUUCUUGGCAUAAUCUUCACUGGCACUAAAGAUUUGCUAAAGUCACAGGUUAUUUCUGUGGACUCCAGCACGAAGAGCACAGGAUUAUGGGAAGUAUAUAGUGGAUUGGUUCUACUAGCAGCUCUUCUAUUUAGACCGCACAAUUUACCAGUCUUGGUGUUUUGUCUGCUGAUUCAGACAAUGAUGACAAAAUAUAUUUGGAUACCUUUGAAAUUCGAUGCAGCACAGAUUACUAUCAUGCACUACUGGUUUGGCCAAGCUUUCUUCUAUUUUCAGGGAAAUUCAAAUGGCAUUGCUACUGUGGACAUUUCAGCUGGUUUUGUGGGACUAGACAGCUACGUAGAGAUACCAGCUAUCUUCCUCACAGCAUUUGCAACAUAUGCAGGACCUUUCCUUUGGGCCAUCCACCUGCUGUGCUACUUGAGUUCUGAAGUUAGCAGGAAUUCUGCAGCAGUGGGUCAUGGCUGUUUCUGCUACGCUCUAAUGCGUUCAAUUCCAGUUGCCAUCUACGUUGUUUUGGUAACAGGUCUGCGCUACCACCUGUUCAUAUGGAGUGUCUUCUCACCAAAGCUACUCUAUGAGGGCGUGCAUGUGUUCAUCACAGCUGCUGUCUGCCUCUUCUUCACAGCAAUGGAUCAGAACCACACUUACAAAGUGCAAGACUGAAAAUAAGUGGGUGGUAUGUGGUUCUGCAUUGUAAUGUCCACUGUGCCACUGGAAUGGAAGAAGGAAAAUAUCAGCUUUAAAUUGUUCUGCAGAGUUUGAAGUAAACUAUUAAAAGAGCUGUUUAUUUUAGUCAAGAUCAGUCUUGUGUUAAAAUUGAGUUUGCUUAAAAAAUGUUGAAUUGAAAUAAACUGUUUUUUCAUGGA